AUGACAGUGCUGGGUGUUUCUCCAGAGAAAGGAAUAGCGCGGAAGAGGCGUGAAGCGGGUUGCGGCUCUCCAGGCGCCACCCAGCCGCGGGAUUACAGCUCUGAGUUAAAAUUCCCGACGGCGGCGGCAGAGCGAGUAAUUAACGGCGCGAGUAAUGGACGCCCCGGGACGCGCAGAUCCGACGCCCACGCACCGUCGCCGACUGCGGCCGCACUUCAGUGCCCGCCGUCUCUGGGCGAGGCCGGCCGCUCGAAAGCGGCUGCAGGACAGGCUGCACAGCCACCGCUUGGGAAGGCGGCCCGGCUGAGGGGUCGACGUCCAUCAGCUCCGAAGGCGGUGGCGACUGAAGAGGGACCGCAGGCGCCGGAGCGACCACCUGGGGCGCUCCCGGAUGAAGCUGCGCGGGAGGCAUCAACGGGACGGGCUGUCGGCGUGGUAGCGGCGACGGCUGCUGCUGCUGCCCUGGAGGCGGCAGCGAAGUCGGAAGGCGCGGCUGGAACCCGCCGCGGACCAAAUCUGUGGACAAAGAACGAGCGGCAGAAUCCGGGCGGCCAGCGCGGCGCAACUGGUUCUGAUGCCUCUUGUGCACCCCAGUAG